AUGUCCUUCUUCACGUCCAUCUUUCUGGUCAUUUUUUGCCUGGAGUCACUGGCUGCAAUGCUGCAGAAUGGCUUCAUAGUCACUGUGCUGGGCAGGGAGUGGAUACGAGGCCAGAAGCUGCCUGCAGGUGACAUGAUUGUGGCCUGCAUUGCUACCUCCCGGUUGGGCCUACAUGGAGUAGCCUUGCUGAACGGCCUUCUGGGUAGCAUUAAUUUUUGUUGCAAGUGUUACUUGUUCUUUAACAUCAUCUGGGACUUUUUCAAUGUUCUCAGUUUCUGGCAUACUGCCUGGCUUGCUGUCUUCUACUGUGUGAAGAUCUCCUCCUUCUCCCACCCCACCUUCUUCUGGCUGAAGUGGAGGGUCUCUCGGUCAGUGCCCAGGCUGAUGCUGGGCUCCCUGAUCAUCUGCGGCCUCACGGUCAUCUCCUCAAUGGUUGGGAAUCUAAUGGUGGCUCAGAUGAUGGCCUCGCUGAAUUCCUGUGGGAACAGCACCUUGACUUACAAAAUAGAGAUGUUUAAGAACAGCUAUUUUAUGCCUCAUGAAAAGAUUAUUAUAUUGUCCGUUCCGUUCCUCCUGUUCCUGACGUCCACCAUCCUGCUCAUGUUCUCACUGUGCCGGCACUUGGGGCGGAUGCAGGACCGUGGUCUCGGCCCCCGUGACCCCAGCACCCAGGCCCACACCGUGGCUCUGAAGUCACUUGCCUUCUUCUUCAUCUUCUAUGUCAUGUAUUUCCUGUCCUUGAACAUUGCUAUCAUGGAAAUUAAAACCUUCACUAAUUACUGGCACUGGGGCUGGGAAGUGGCCAUCUAUGCAGGCAUCUCUCUGCACUCCACCAUCCUGGUGCUCAACAGCCCCAAGCUGAGAAAGGCCUUGCAGAUGAGGCUUCGGACUCAGGUGCCGCAGGCUCACAAGGCUUUGGAAGGCCCAGGACAAAGGGCGAUUCCAUGCUCCAGUUUUCAGUGCUGA